AUGCGGCUUCUAAUUUUUCUAUUACCAAUCAGCGCGUUGGCACAACUUUCCGAUGUCGACAGGAUGAGACACGAUCUAUCACGAUUUUUGUCCAUGCCGAGAUUUACCGAGCUUGAAAAGAAGCGAACAAGAGAAGAAAUUACACAAGCUUUUUCUGGGAUGGGCUUGGCGGCAAUGACACAUAGCUAUGUAUCAGCUGAGGAUAAGCUUUCCCUUGGUCACAAUGUGAUCUCGAUUCAAGCCGGUCCCUUUUAUGGAUCACCAGAGGAUCAAACGGUUAUUGUGGCCGCAAAUUAUGAUACUAUCGAAGGGGCACCAGGUGUUGAUGAUAAUGGAAGUGGAGUGGCAGCUGUUCUGGAAACAGCACGGACCUUGGCAACAUUGGAUCGAUUAUAUCAACGACAAUAUACAAUUAUUUAUGCACUUUUCGAUAUGAAAUAUCAGGGGUUGGCCGGAAGUCAUGCUUUUGUCUCCGACAUUGUUAUCCCAUUGUUGAGACGGACAAAUGGAACUAUUAGUGCUGUACUAAUUUUGGAUGGGCUUGCCCAUUUUGAUCCAUUCCCUACAUCCCAAUCGAUGCCCCAAUCAUUUGAAACGUUUUUCCCUGGCGCCGCUCGUGAACUGUCGCUGCAUAAGCAUAUGGGAGAUUUUGUGCAAGUAACUGGGAGGGCUGGGUUGGACGAUGGAUUGAUGCAAAACUUUGUGGCGGCAUUUACUAGAGCUGCAUCCAUGAUAGCCCCGGACUGGGCCUUCCGACCGUGGCUACUCCCAUUAAAGAUUCCGCUUCACGAGGUCCGUUCAAUGGAGGGACUCCAGGCCCUUCACCCAUUUUUGUAUGCUGACCAUUCAUCGUUCUAUUUCCACGAUCAGCGCUAUCUCAAAAUUCCAACGUUGUACAUUACGGAUACGUUGAGCCAUCGUGGUGUGAAACAAUACUGUACGUAUUGUGAUGGGCUGUACAUGAUUAAUGAACAAAAUUUAAGAUUUUUAUCGCUAAUGACGGAUACGGUAAUUCGGAGCGUCGUGCAGUUAGCAGGGUCUGAAGCGGCCGAUAUUGUCGAUGAGAUGUUUAUGACAUUUGGAUUUGGUGCGGCGGCUAGAAUA